AUGGGUUCGGUAUCUACAAACGCCUCAAGACAUCUACCAUGCAACUGCUGGAAAAAUAAUUAUAACGCUUAUAAAGAGGAUACAGUAUAUACGGUAUAUGGAGAGUAUAUGAAGGAUACUGGA